AUGGCGGGGCGAAGGCCUUCAACGGCGCCAACUCAGCAGCAGUCUCCGUCGAAAGCCAGGACCUUCUCUUCGAUCUUCCAGCAGCACCAGCACCAGGAGCCUGUGUUCGUGCAAGUUUCUCGGCGCACGUCUUCGCCGAUUAUGUCCCCAGUUGGCCCUGGUGGAAGACGUCGACCUAGUGUCGCUCCAAUCGGCCCGAUCACUUCGCCAGUGCGUGGAAGUGGGGGGUCAGAUGCAGGGAAUUCUACGGCUUCUCCAGGUUCAGGCUCAAGUCCUCGCGCGUCGUUCAUCCGGCGUGAAAACAGGCUCGAGAAACUGCAGGAACAGGUGAGCGUACUCAAAGCAUCGCUUGGAAUCUCGGACGAAGACUUGCAGUGGAAAGUUGAGAGCGCCAAGGGCAACGCCUUCCUCGCGGCAGAUCGACAUCUUGCAGCCUGUGAAGAACGCUACGACCGUCUAGUAUUUGAGAUGCAGGAGCUGUCCAAGCCUGCUCGCUGUGCUGACGAAGAUAAGGCCAACGUCGCUUUGGCGGCCAAACUGCGCUCACUAGAGAAACAAGCGCAACAAGUUGCAGAGCUAAAGACGAAAGCGACCACGUACCAGGCGGAUAUGGUGCAGACCAAGAAGAACUUGCGCGCAGUCCGCGUGGACGCAGAGCUACACCGAGCCAAGCUAGACUCUUCAGCCGCUGCCUCAGCCGCACAACUGGAGAUCUCGACGGCUAAACGGCUGGAAAGUAUCAAGGAAGAACUCUUGACGGUGCAACAGCAACUCAAAUCGGAGCAGGGAAUACUGCAAACGCUGCUGGAAUGGCUGGGGACUGAGACCGAUCGUUUUGGAGCUUCUUUCGCUGCUGAGGACUUGUCGCCUUCACCUGUAAUUUCCGAGCAAACGCUGGAAGCCAAGCGCUCGUUGCUCUACACACUGCGUACAAUCCCGGAGUGCACGCAAGGCAGCGAGCGAUUGUCCACGCUGUGCUCUCAGGCUACUCAACUCGCCUCUAGGAUCACAGCGUCACGCGCGCACGACUUGAAGCGGACAGAGACCGAGUUGGAGCGAACCAUGCGUGACGUGGAGAUCUGGAAGACGCGCCGCGAACAGGCCAAAGAGUUUGCUGAUGAAAUGCGGAAGCGCGAGGCGGCGUGGCAGGCUAAACAGCGCGAGAAAAACGAGGAGUGUCUGGCACUGAUGAGAACGUACGUUCCAAUUGAUAUCGCAGACUUGUCAGUGGAAGCUCUUAUCGCUCGAGCUCAGGAAGGAGGGGUAUUGUACACGUACGACCUCGCUGCCUACCUCAAGACGAAUCGCUUCCUGCACUGGUUGGUCACUCAUGAAGACGACAUUGCGCGCGCCAACUUCUUAGCGAUCGAGAGCGCGCCCUUCUUCAUGGACUUCGCCACCUACGACAUCAACGAACUGCGCGCGAUGGCUCGAGUCCUCCCAGACACCUUCGCGUUUGACAAGGACUGUCGGAAGAAUGCGUGGCGUGCAUCGUUUAUCGAGCACGUGCGGCAGCUCGCUGCUCAGCAGCAACACGAGACCAUAAAGGCUGGCUGGGACCCCGCCAAGUGCGCAAGGCGAGACGUACAGCUACCGGAACUCACAGCAAGACAGCAGCUCAAUCCGAUCUUCUGCUACCCGACCGAUGCAGAGAUCGACGCGCGCUUAGACAAGUUCGAGCGCCAAAGGAUCCGACUAGAGUCCAAGCGCGCGCGGUUGAAGACUCUGGACGAGGAACUCAUCCCGCAAGCUAAAGCAGAAUAUGUCGCUGUAGCAGAGGACGCUCGCAAUGAAGACCUCUUGCGCUCUUUUGGCAAAGCCACUCUGAUCGCUCUACGCGAGGAAGCCAAGCAGCAGCAUUUGACACUGUGCAAGGAGCGAGAUACUGUCAAGGGCGAGCUAGCUCACGGUGAGCGCGCUUGGUCGACAAUGACCCCGACGUACGAGCAGUAUCAAGCUGAAGUGGCUCAGAUUCGAGCUCUAGAUCCUGAAGUUAGGAACGCGGCAUGCAUUCGUGGGCCAUUCCCAGCUGAUGUCGACAUUCAGCCUCGAGAGCGUGCAGCAUUCAAGAAGCUGUCCGUUGAGGAGGAGGCUGAGGCGAGGAAGCGGGAACUGGAUAACGCUAUAGCGAAGCGGAGUCAUGAUAUCAGCGAGGUGGCUGUCGUGGAGGAAAGCCAAGCAGUCUCGGUGGAUCCGGAGACUGCAGAGGUGGAGUCUGUUGUCAUGACCGAGACUGAAGUGGAAGCACUACGCUUGAUGCAACUGGAGGAUAAGCAAAUGACGGAUGCUUCUGUGUCGAAUGAGACACCUGAAGGGUCAACCGAGGCUCCACAACGCGGGUUUAAACGAGUCAAGUCUCUGCAGGUAGCGGUUGGUGUCCUGCAGUUCCUCGAAAAAGACUUUUGCAGCCCCAAGCGCGCGAUGCGUGGCAAGGAAGGUGGUCUUCUAUCGCCAUCCCAGAAAGCAUCAGAGUCGGAAGAAGCGGGUGAAGUCUCGAUCACGAAAGAGGAGCAAAUGGUCUGGUAG